GAUGAGUGGCUGGUUAUGAACAUCAUAGCAUCGACCUGAGCACUACAUCAGAUUGCACUAAACCAUCGCAAUUUAUUCAAUUAUCAUCGGCAUGCUCACAUCCUCGAAAAUCUCCGAAUGUGCGCGUAGGAAACGGGUGUAGGGCGCAAAAGGCACGGAUGCCACGAAGCCACGUCUCUUUCCGAUGCACUCCGCAAAGACUGCGGCCAUUGCUAUCCUGCCAACGAGCAAGCAGGAGAUGGACGAUCGAAAGCGAGCGCUCGUCAACGAUGUCGAGGACCUCGCGCCUAGCCGAAAGCGCGUCAAAGACGAGAAUGGCGCCAGCAUGCGAAUGUCGGACGAGUCCAAGGAGAAGGAGGUUGAGGAUUUCCAGAAGGAUGCUAUAUUACGACAGAUGAAAGAGUACAAACGACAAAAGAAGGAUGCGGAAGACCAGUAUAAUGACUUGCAGAAGAAGACAAGAUGGCACGAUGAUCAUCUAAGAACGAUCGACGCCUGGUUCGCUCAGCUUCUAGACGAAGUGCGCGUUCUUGCGUCAGAAACACUUCCCACUCCGCCGCCUAGCGCGAGCUCCACUGCUGGCGAAGAGAUAUAUCAGUCGGCGCUGUUGUUCGAGGACAACUUGACGUUCUCGGAGCACCUCAAAUCGAGAUCUAGCAAUAUCAAAAGCGCCAUUCGCGAUCUCUUCGGACGCCUCCCAGCCACGUCUUCAGAUGUAGAGGAUCUGCGCAAACAGCUCGUCGAUCUUCUGGCAAAAGAGAAAGAGCACGCCGUCUCUCUAAGGAAAGCUCUCGAUGAGAAAGAGUCCAUGUAUGAGCGGCUUGAACAAGCCAUGGGCCGCUACAUGACAGCAGAGCGAAAAUUGGAUCGCGCUAAGAGCACACAGGUCCUCAAAUUGGAGAAACAAGCCAUGAGUGGUAACGGGGAUGUCACAUCGCCGAUCAAAACGAAAAAGGACCACUCAGAGACCAACGGCGAUCUGGAUCACGGCACUGGCUCUGCUGAAAUUGAGGUCCUACGGCGAGAGGCCGUCGCUGCUGCAGAAAAGCGCAAGGCCCAAGUCAUGGAGGUUGAGGCGGAGAACGAUCGGCUCACAAAUGAGCUCAGCGCAGCGCGAACUAAAUUGGCCAGCCUGACGGACGACGAUUAUGCAGAAACUUCCCUCUUUAAAACAUUGAGAUCAAAGUACGAAGAUGUUGUUAAAACCACCAACGACCUGGAGGCGACGAAUGCAAAGCUUGUGCAAGAAGCGCAACGAAUCCAGGCAGAGCGAACGAGCUAUCGCGCUCAAAUCGACGAAGAGGCGCGUUUGCAGACGAACGAGGCUGAGGCUGCCUCGGCACGUGCCGAAACUGAUGUUGCUCGGAUCAGGGAUCAUCGCGACCAGCUGAGCACAGAAUUGGCAAUCGCUAGAUCUGCUAAAGACAGCCAUAGUUUGACGCUAGAACAAGCAAAAAGUCUUGCCGAGGCGAAUCACCUGAGAAUCUCCUCCCUAGAAUCUGAGGUCCAACGGCUGAAACUGCAGAUCGGAGAGACUCGGGCAGAACACGGGGAUCUGGAAGAUUUGGGCAUCGACGCGCUCAGGGAUAGAUUACGAGAUCGGGAGAGUCAGUAUGCCCUGCUCAGCAAUGAGCUCCCAUCCAUGGAGGCAGCCUGGAAAAAGACGCAAGCUCUAGCUUCCAAGAAAAUGCAAGAAAUCGCAGCAUGGGAGGAGCAAAUAGCGCGUCUGAAUGCGGAGAAGGCGAAGGCAGAUCAGAAGUACUUUGCGGCGAUGAAGUCGAAGGACAUGCGAGAGGCCGAGCUCAAGACCUUGAAAUCACAGGCCGCACGGUCGAGUGAGAUCGUGACUCAGCUCAAAGAUGGUGAGGCGAAAGCGCGCGAACUUUUGAUCAAUCUGGAACGACAAUUAGCAGAUUCCCGAGAUGCUACCACAAAAUUGGAGCAGCAGCAAAGGUCCAAUGAACAGAAAUUCAAGGAGUCCACGUUGCAGGUCGAUGGGCUGAAGAAGAACGUGGAAGAUCUCAAAUCUCUCAUAAGCACGAAGGAUAAAGAAAAUCUUGAACUUGCAAAGUCAAAGCGCGAAUUCGAAGAAAACUUGGAAAGAGCUAAGGUUCGGCUGGAGGAAAGCAGGAAGCAGCACGACACGCUACGAAAGUCUAGAGUCGCCGUGAGCAGUGCAGACUCAGACGAUUGGCGGAAAGUAGCCAUAUGCCCGGUCUGCAACGCGAAUAUUCGUAAUACGGUUCUCAAGCUCUGCGGACAUGUUUUCUGCUCGUCUUGUGUAAAAGAUCUAAUCUCGAACCGAUCUCGCAAAUGUCCAAGCUGCGGAAGAGGGUUCGGUACCAAUGAUCAGAUGGGCAUUGUACUCACUUGAAAGAUUUCUGCAGCCUCGAGCUUUCUUAUUUCAGUCACUCCCCUUCCGUCCAGCCAAGCAGGUUUACGGAAGAGUGCGCACGUCCACCCCCUAUUCCGAAUCGCCAAACCAAACCCACAGCCGGUUAUUGAUACCGCCUCCGCUCCGCUAGAGUCCGGCAGUGAUCGUGACCAGCCAAGCCCCCAGGUGGCGACGAUUCUGCCGAGGCAGCGGCUUCAAGAGGGCGUGAGUACCACGGAAGGACACAGUUGAUCGGGCUUUCUUGGUGGAGAAGAUGCCCUUGUACUAUAAUUAUUCUCUGUCUACAGAGAUGAAGAUUUGGGAAACCCCCAUGUAAGAAGACAUCGAAUUUCAAUUCGCAGAUCGUGUCUCGCUGGCAAUAGAAUGAUCUUCCAGAUCGCUUGUGAAAAUUCAAAGACACAGUACAAGAAGUGAAUUAUAA